AAAGAAAUGACGUCACAUAAUUUAUGAACUAGACGGGUGCCUCAUACUCGCAGGCUCCUUUGCACGUAAAGGACGUGAAGGAGUCAAGGUACAGAGCGUGAUUCUGUCCGCGGAUGUUGUGCACAGUCGACAGACACAGCAAAUUUGCUGCUUAUUUCUUGGGAAAGACUCAUUUUUUGUCAAUUAUAUUCUGAGGAUAGCUUCACACGUAAGUAAUCAACAACAAUCUGAUUGGAUCCUUCUGAGUACAUUCCACCAUGAGCUCUUCAGCUGUAAAGUGGGAGCUGGAAUGGUCGCCAUCAGAUCCAGGCGUCUUUGUUGCAUUUAGCUCAGAUCGUUACGAUUUGAACCUGUACACAGUAGAAUCUCAAGUACCAUCAUCAGGAACGCAAUGGCAACAGAUCAGCCAGGACAGCAGUUUAUAUGCCAGGCUACAAGCCUCCAAGGCAGACCUACAUGUCAACUCCAAGGGAGACCUACAACUAAUAAGGUGUUUUGCCUGGUACCCUAAGCAUUCCUCAGACGAUGUCAUCGCUAUUGGCCUAUCCAGUGGUAAAGUCAUCCUUUCUGGCUUUGGUGUGGAUUCCAGCGUGACGCAGGCUGGGUUAGUGGGAAAGGAGUUUCCUCUCAAACACACAAAGAUGUGCACCAGUCUGGCUUGGAAUACAGUGGAGUCCAAAUGGUUAGCUGCUGGUUUUGACAGAUACCGAACGGAUUACUGCAUUGCAGUCUAUGAUGUCAAUAGCCAAACAAAUACAUCAGAAUUGAAUGCGACUCCGGAGAAGUCACGUCAUGUAAGUUCCCAUAAUGCUCCACAAUCAGGAUUUCGUCCUGUUGCUGAAAUGGUUCAAGCAGAGGUACUGAACUCCAUGGCAUGGCUUCCUCAUCAACAACAUGGCAUUGUUGCUGGAGUUGCUAACAAGAACCUUCGCAUCUUUGAUAUAAGAGAUACGGCAGGAUAUAAGAUUGCUACAGCUACCAAGUCAGUGUUUGGUGUGACUCCAGACCCUCAGGUGGAUUACCGACUGGCAUCUUAUCAUGAAGGACAAGUCAAUAUAUGGGACCAAAGACACUUCGAUAAACCAGUAUUAACCAUCAAUGAAUCCCGUCCCAUUGUCAAGCUAGCCUGGAGUCCAUCCCGCUAUGGUCUCCUAGCCUCAUUGUCAAGGGAUAAUUCCAUCGUCAAGCUUUACAAUGUGCAGCAUGUCUGCAGUGAAGUUGAGUAUACUGAACGUCUCCUUCAACCUGGUGGUGCCAGGGAAGUGUUUACUUUCGCUUGGCAUCCGACGUGUGAGAAUCGCAUUCUAACCAUCACACAUUCUGGAGAAUUACGAGAUGUUACAAUCCAUGAUCCUAUAUCCCUGACAUUAUCACCUCAGUCUACCUGCAUGUUAGCAUCUGGCAGGAACUUGCUACUAGUCACCCCAGCUGACAAUCAUCAAGUGCAGGAUAUAUCAGCUCAGAUGAAACAACGAGCCAUUGAUGGCUAUGGCUUACAGAGUUCGAUAGGUCGAAACGGUGAUCUGCUUGGAGACUCUGUUGAAGAAGUUCAACUCAAGAAAUUGUGGAUGUGGCUUGAUCGAUUAAUGUAUCUACAAAAAGAAGGCCGCUUGAAGACACAGAAGGGAGCGGCCAGGUACUACGGAGCCAAGAUGCUCCUUAAGAGUGAGUCUGGAUUGAAGAGCACUGUAGAUGCUGUGGAUUGGAAAGGGGUAGACUGGUACUCGGAGUCUAAUGUCUUCAGAAGUCCAGAAAGGUCCGCUGCCCUUCAGUUGUGUGGCUGGGAGUUUGAUCAAGAUGACGUUACAUUCAACGCGUUCAUUAACAGGUUAAUGGAGGAUAAUGAGUAUGAGAGAGCAGCAGCUAUCUGUGUGUUUCAGCUGAGAAUCAAACAGGCUAUUGAUGAGCUCAACAAAGUAACUACAGAUGCGUCACAAAAUAGUUAUUCCAGUCUGAGUGGCAUAGCAAUGGCGUUAGCUGGCUUCACCCAGCAACGCAACACUCUAUGGUGUAAGAUGUGUAGUACCCUCAGACAGAAGCUAACGCAUCCAUACCUACGGGCGAUGUUUGGCUUCCUGACCGCUUCUGAUGACACAUUUGAUGUGGUUUUGAAAGAGACGGGUUUGAACAUAGAGGACCGUGUUGCGUUUGCCUGCUUGUUUCUGAAUGAUCAGCAGCUACCAAUCUUCAUAGAUGAACUGACGAGUGACGCGAUACAGAAUGGCAAGCUGGAAGGCAUGCUGCUAGUCGGCUUGACCAAGGAUUGUGUAGAGCUGUUACAGUCCUAUGUUGACAGGACUGCAGACAUCCAGACAGCUAGUUGGGUUGCUGUCCAUGCUCUCCCUUCCGAGCUGCGUAAAGAUCAGCGAGUCACUCACUGGAUAGAGAGCUAUCGAAGCUUGCUGGAUACAUGGAGGCUGUGGCAUCAAAGAGCACGUUUUGAUGUGUACUACCACCAAGGCAAUGUGAAGGUGCCUUCCCCACAGCAAGUCUUUGUCAAUUGUCACUUCUGUCAGAGUGCUAUAUCUCCUACGGUCCUAGCUCAGAGGUCCUUGCAAACAAUACUGCCUCAUUUACGGGGCCCUAUGCACCAGCGAGUCAAGGCAACGACAUGCUACAAGUGUAGAAAGCCGCUGCCCCGUUGCGCUCUGUGCUUAAUGAAUAUGGGUACAUUGGCUGGCUUGAAGUCCAUUCAGCCGCAAGACAAGCAUUCCACAAAGACAGAUCAGAAAGCAGAUGCUGUUACUCAGAGUAAACAGACGGAGUUCAGCCAGUGGUUUACAUGGUGUCAAUCCUGUCGACAUGGAGGCCAUGCUUGUCAUCUAAUGGAAUGGUUCAAGGAGCACACAGAGUGUCCAGUGACAGGCUGUGUAUGCCGAUGCAUGUUGAUGGAUUCAGUGGGUACAGUCUUCUCAGCUGCUGACAGUAAUACAUGAAGCAAGACUAGCA